AUGGCCGCCUCCUUCCCGGCGAUCCUGAGCACGAGGACCACCUCCGCAGGCCCCCUCUCCAAGGGGACCACCACCCCAGGCCCCGUCCCUCCGGCAGCCCUCGCCACGGGCCCUUCGGCCACGUGCUCCCCUUCCCCGGGCACGCUGGGAGACCCCCCGACGCCACUUCUGGGGGCGCUUCCGGCCUACAACCAGACGCUGGAGGCGGUGGGCACCUUGGGGGCCGGGGCAAGCCCCUUCCCCCCAGCCCGGGCCUGGAGGGUCGUGGCGACGGAGCGGGGGCGGCGGGCGGCCGGGCGGCUGUGGGCGGCACUGGAGGGGUCAGGGCUGGGGUCGGAGCCAGGCCUGGGUGCCACACUCGACGCCCUGUGCGUAGAAGAGCGGGAGGCGCUGGCCGCGUUGUUGGCGGGGGUCCCGGGGGCGGCCCCGGGGCCGUCCGGCAAGCCUCGCUCCCCCGAGAAGGCGAAGAAGCGCUGGACGGGCUGGUCCGCGGCCUGCGCUGCCGGAGCCGGAGCCGGGCCUGGGACCGAGGGUUCUGCAGGGUCCUGGGGUCCCUGGGGGGCGGCCACGGCCAGGCCCCUUCUGCGGGGACCCCCCACUCCCCCACCGGGGGUCUUCUGCUGCAGCUGUGCGCCACGCUCCGGUCAGCGCUGCGGGACCGGGCCGGCCCCGACGGUGGGUCCGGAACGACCCCCCCCGGGGCCCCGUCCACCCUCCUCCCAGGGGUCUCCCCCGGCCCGCCUGCGGACCCUCGCCCACCUACGCUCCACUCUCCAGACGGCCGCCCUUUGGCUCCUGGGGCAGACCCAGCGACACGUGAGCGGCUGGGCCCCGGGGCCCCUCCUGCUGCUGACCCACGGGGACCUGCCCCUCCUCCUGGCCGAGGCGGAAGGCCUGGAGGCCCUCCUGCAGGCGACGGCGGGCGGAGACCCGGGGGCUCGGUUGGCCCAGGAGAUCCGGACCCUGGUGGGGCGGCUCCAGGUCCUCCCGGCCGAGUGGCCGCCCCUCUUCGCCCGCGAGUGCGGCCGGCGAGCCACCGAGGCCUUACGGGCCCAGGCCCCGCGGGGGCCCUCCCGGACCCUGCGCCUCUGCCUAGGGCCGCCCCGCGGAGCGGGUGAGGGCGCGGCCCGGGAGGUCCUGGGCCCGGUCCUGCGGGGGCUCCGCGGGCUGCCCGCCCCCGCCCAGCGCGCCGCCUUCGGACUGGCCCUGACCGCCUUCCUGGGGGCCUGGCUGGACCUCGUCCGGGCCUCCCGGAGCCCGUUCAGCACGCGGCUGAGGCGGGACCUCGGGGCCCUGCACGAGCUCCUGGAGCGGACGCGGGGUCUCCCCCCGGACCUGGGCCGGGCCCUGCUCGCCCUGGGCAUCCUCCGGGGCCUGGAGGGGGCUCCCGGCCUCGGCCCCGUCCCGCCCGCCGCCGAGGACCCCCAAGGAGAGUCGCCCUGCUGCUGUGCCCGGAUCAGGGCGCGGCGGCCUCCCGACGCGUCUCAUCGCGGCCUCGACGGGCUCCCCGUGCCGUCCCGGGCCUCCCCCGUGCCCGCCGCCUUACCGUGGACGCUGAGGGGCAAGGCCCGGGGUCGGACCGGCCCGGCAGCCUACGCCCCGGGGGACCAGCAGCCCUGCCCGGCCCCCGCGCCGACCCCUCACCCGCCCAGCCCGGUGUGAAACCGGCUCGUAAUCAGCAAUAAUAACAAUAAUAACGACGACGAGCGUGGGAUUUGUUCGGUCGAUCCGCCGCCGGCAUUUAUGGAGCGCUCACUGGGUGCGGAGCACCGGACUAAGCGCUUGGGAGAGUCCGAUGCAACAGUACAACACCGGAUACGUUCCCCGCCCAGCGCGAGUCCUCCGUCUAGAGGAGGAGACGGACGUGAAUUUAAAUCAAUAAAUGACAGCUGUGGACAUCACUGCCGUGGGGCCGGGAGCGGGAAUGAAGAAAGGGAGCGGGAGAAGAGGAAAGGGGGGCUUAGGGAAGGCUUCUUG